AUGGUCGCUAACAAAUUGAGACUCUAUCUUGCUUACUUCAAGCGAACUAAUCCCAGCGGAGCCAACCCUGAGAGAUACCAUGUUUCUUUCAUGAUUUGCCCAAAAAAGCCGAAGGACAAUGAGCCCAAUGCCAGAAUUCUUCACGCAGUCGAUUUCUUGGAUAAAAAUCGAAAAUUGCGACAAAUAUGGAGAUUUGAAGCUAAAGAUUCUUCUCCUCGAACCAUAAUGCUUUCUGGGGUUAUGCUGCUCGGGAAGCUCGAGCCUGCAAUCACACCCGAAAUCAUCGAAGAAGUGUUGACCAAGAUAUAUAUCCCACCGACAGAUGCAGAUGCCUCUGGAGCAGACUGGAGAUGCACAAAUUGGGUGUGGGCAUCGUUAGAGAUCCUGGCGGAGGAGAGGAUUAUUCCGAGAUUUGAUGGAACUGGCCAGGAUCUGUGGAAUGUUGGAGUCAACUUUGUCAACGGAGCAACAAACGGAAACGGGAUUCCAGUACAUGAUGACUGGCUUUAUACGUGCGAUAUGUCUGGCAGGCAAAUCGAUAGCGAAAUUGGGCCUUAUGUUCGAAAAUGA